CGACCCGACAUAAACUCCAGAAGAAGAAGAAGAAGAAGAAGAAGAACUGUACGUGACCUCUGUACUCGCAGAAGUAAUUUUGCGUUCAUGACAAACUCCUAAGUUAAGAGAAUUUAAGCAGGAGGUGCCCCCCUUCCUUAAUGAUUAUGAUGCAACAGUGUUGAAAUAAACCUCAGGUUAAGGCCAAGCAUCCUGACUUCAUCGAUUAUAAAGCAGGAUCUUGAUUACGGACGUCCGAACCGAUCAGGCCUGAUGUCUCAGGAAGCUUUUGUUGGAGUUUCAGGUUCAGAUUCCAGCAGAAAGGAGCCUAGUCCUACCAAAAUGUGUCCAGAAACCUUGUUACUGAGCCCAGCGGAGGAGUCAGUAGGGCGCUUUUGCCGUAGACUGAUAUAUAGAAAGAAAUGUAUUAAUGUGUCAGAUGAAAGCCCUUUAAAUCCUGCAGGUAAACUCCCAAUCUCUCAGCCAUCCAACAGCAGUGAGACAAAUAAAGAGAAAUACAGCUGUAAGAUUUGUGGCAUAGAGUAUUGCCGCAAACAAAACCUGGUGUCUCACAUGCGAAUACACACAGGUGAAACUCCAUACGAAUGUAAACUGUGUGGUAGGUUGUUCCGGCGUUCAGACUACCUAAAGGUGCACAUUAAAUUCCACAUGGGUGAGAAGCAAAAGAGGACUAAACCCUAUGUUUGUGAAAAGUGCGGAAAGAGGUUUGGAACAUCCACUGUACUCCAAAGUCACAUGUGGAAACACAGCGGUGAAAGGCCGUUUGCCUGCUCGCUUUGCGAGAAAGCAUUUUUCAGUGAGGGCUUACUUAAAAGUCACGAAUAUAAUUGUCAUUCAGAAGAAAGGGCCUUUAUUUGCUCUUUGUGUGGACACAGCUUCAAACGCGUGGAUACGCUUCGGAAACACACAAGAAUUCACACUGGAGAGAAACCUUAUUCAUGUUCACAGUGUGGUAAAAGGUUUACUUAUAAAUACUCAGUGAUUUUGCACAAUAAACAUCACUCGUGCAAAGUGUGAUACACGUUUAUGCACUUGGAAUACAAUGUAUUUUAAUUUUAUGAAUGUAUAUUUUAUUAUUUCUUCUAUUGUGAGGUUAGGAUAGAAAAAUAAAUUCUGUGUAUAAAGUAUGCUAAAACUAUGGAAAAUAGGAUGGAGAUUUU